AUGCCAGUCUACCACAUCGUUCUCUUCCGCCUCAAGCCAGGCGUCACGCAGGCCCAGCUCGCCAACUGGGUCACUGUUGCGGAGAGCAUGGUGGGUAGGAUCCCCGGUUUGGUUUCGUUGAAGGCCGGGCAGCCGUUGCCUAUCAGUGUUCCCCGUGCCAAGGGGUUUGAUAUGGGGAUCGUGGCGGUGAUGGAGUCGCCCGACGCCGUGGCUUCUUACGCUACGCACCCGGUCCACCUUGAGUUUGUUUCCGCCUUCCUUGUGACAGGUGUGUUCGAAUUGGCUAAUUCGGGGCUGUAG